GCGCCCCCCUGGGCCGCCGGCGCCGCCGGGCCGGGCCACCCCGCGCAGAGCACCGCCCGAUCCCGCCGGGCCCGCCGCUCGGGAGGCCUGCGCGCGGGCGGCGCACUCGCGCGGGGCCCCGAUGGCCCCUCGCGAGCGCGCGGGGCGCGAGCAGCGCUCGCGGAGCCGCAGGUUUGCUUGCGGUGGAUGCUGGCGUGGGCACUUUUGUGGUCAGCAACGAGACGGACACCAGCGAGGAGCUCUCGGCAGAUGACGCGGUGUUCGUGCUCAAGGCGAGCGGUGCUCGACUCCUCCUCGGACUCCGAAUCGCGCGUCCGUCGGCGCGCCGAGAAGGAGGAGAGGGCGCAGCGCAAGAGCCUGGAGGCGCGCGAGAUGGAGGACUCGGCGGCGCGCGUCGAGGCAGAGGUGCAGAGGCGCGUCCAGGAGAGGACCGCCUCGAAGGAGUGGAGGGCGGCGCUGCAGGAGAGGCUUGAUGCGGAGCUGGAGAGCGUCACUUCAGCAUCAUCAGCGUGGAGAUGGAGAUGAGGAAGAAGAAGCUCCUGGAGGAGACGCCACGAUGUACUGGCGUUGCCUCCGCCCUUGCGCAUCCACGCUUCUCAUCAAUUGACCGCUUCGGCCAAUGGUGUUCUGCCACGCGAUCUCAGGG